AUGGCGCCGUCGACAGCAUCCCUGACACCGGGUCUCACAACCUUCCAAAAAGUUCUGUCUACGGAGCCCCUGGACUCGUCCAUCGCAUUUCUGGUCUCGCUACUCAAGAGACGCCAGAUCAAAGGCUCGAAACGAUGCGCCGUGGCGACUACACUUCUACUCCUCCGCACCGUGGAACUCACAAAACAAGCAGACUCAGAGAGGCUGAUCCAAAGAGUGUCGGAAGUGGGCAAGAAACUCAUCAAUGCGGCCCCGCAUGAACCUGCCGUAGGCAACAUAGUCCGCAGAGUUCUUGGUAUAAUCAGGGACGAGGAUGAAGACGAUCAGGCUGGUACGAGGACCGGAGAUGACGGCACUCCUACCAGUGAAGCUGGCUCGGAUUCUGUCGCAUCGCUGGAGCAGCCACAAUCUCGAGGCGGCAUGCAUCCCAUAGCCAAUGGCUUAUCUGCCAGGCCCGAUGCGAGCGCGAGCCCAUCACCCCAGCGGGGAACCAGUCGGCCUCCUUUGAUGAGCUCCCACACGGGUGUACCAGGGGGGCCUCGCGCGGUGACCUCCAUGUUCAGCAUCAUAUCACAUCCAACAAUGAGAUCGUCCGGCGUUGAUUCACCAACGCAUCGCAGUGGAAGUGGGACACCGCAGAUGACUGCAUCAGGGAUCCUGUCGAAUCUCCGCCCGGAGGUGAUCAAGGGUGUCAAGGAGAUCAUUGACGAAAUCAACGCUGCGGACGACGAAAUCUCAGCGGCUGCGCUGGAACAGAUCCAUCCACAGGAAACGAUAAUCACUUACUCAUCCUCGCUGACGGUCCAGCGCUUUCUGCUCAAGGCCGCAUCGAAGCGGAAGUUCACCGUCGUACAUGCGGAAUCAUAUCCCAACAACCAUCUCAAGACGCAUGCCCUCCUGACCGGCACCCACGAUCCAACCGAAGACGAGGACAGUUUGCCGAACGACUCGUUCUCGAAACCUCUGACCUCGGCUGGGAUAAGCGUCAUAAUGAUCCCAGAUUCUGCGGUUUUUGCAGUCAUGUCACGCGCCACGAAGGUGGUGCUGGACGCACAUGCCGUGCUUACCGAUGGUUCACUGGUAGCCGCCUCAGGGAGCAAGGCGGUGAUCAAAGCUGCACGGUUUCACCGUGUCCCUGUGCUGGUCGUGGCCCCGACUUACAAACUGUCCCCCUCUUACCCCUACGACCCGUAUAAGAUGAUUGAAUAUGGCGACGCUGGGAAAGUGGUGCCGUUUCAGGACAGCGAGUUACGCAUGGGAGUCGAGACAGGCGUCAGAAACCCGCUGUAUGACUUUGUGGAGGCCGGGGAUGUUGAUCUGUUCGUCACCAACCAAGUGCCUGCUGUCGUGAGUGCUGGUUAUCUCUACAGAGUUGUCCGAGAACAGUAUCACGACGAGGACCUACAACUGUGA